GAGUCAGCCAGUCUGGCUGGAUGAUGUUGCAGAUUCUCACGAAGAUUUCAUCCAGAUAAAACACCACCUGCUGCCCACAAUCAUGCGCAGAAACACCCACACAUUCAGGUUAAACAAGUGUGUGUGCGCAUGACAACAUGUCUGACUGUUGGACAUAUUCCUCGUCGUCUACUCCUCCCAUCACCUAUCACUCCGCUCUGUCCCAGACCCCUCCUUCCCUCUCCUCCCCCCACUCAUCAUUCAGGAACCAUGGAAACCCACAUGCUAAGGUAACCUCUCCUCACCUCUUCCCGCAGCACCAGGUAUCCUCCUUCCCCUUCUUCCAUCAGCCUCAGAUUAGCUCCCCUCAGACUCCAUCCCCUCACCUCACUCCUACCCAGCUGACCUCCCCUCACUUCCCUUAUCCUCCUGUCACCUCCCCGCACCUUAUACCCCAUGCCCAGGUGACGUCCCCUCAUCGUGAACUGCAGUCACCGAUAACCUCCCCUCACCUCCUCUCCCCAGCUCAGCAUGCCCUUCAUCCUGAACCACAGCCACAGAUCAUCUCCCCUCACCUCCUGUCUUCGCCUCAGCACCCCCUCUUUAGCCAGAAUCCUGAUCCAGACUUAGAUCAUUCAGACUGGAUCAAAUGUGAACCCAGCUCUGAACUUUCCUGCCUUCUUAAUGGCAACGGUUUCCCUUACCAGAACCAGACCUCAACUCAUCUGGAUUUCCACAACCAGUUCAAUUCUGGUUUAGCUCACCAUGGAGAGUCCUUGGAGGACACACACAGAUCCUAUGAUGCUGACACACUUCUUUUCAGUGGCAUUUGUGCACAGAGUGACACGUCUAAUGCAGGUGAGGACACCUGGAGGCAUCUGGAGCCAACCGUGUCCCAGCUGCAGUGCUCAGCGUUGGACUCUGUGUCUGCAGGAGCCCAGCAGGCAGCUCCAUCUCCACACGGGCUCUCUGUGGAGAGAUGGCGUUCCCCUGAGCUCAACUCAGCUGAAGACUUCUCCGGUACCCAGUUUUUCCCGGAUAGCUUCCUGAAUGCCUCGCAGCCUUUCUGUAGCCCCACAACCCCUGGUCCGAGUCCUCAUUACCCCCAAACCCCAACCGUCUCCAGCCCCAGUCCUCAAAUGCACCCCAGGACUGAGAGAACGGGUUUUCACACCCAGAUGCACAGAGAUCAGAUCCCUGAUCCAGGUCAGUACCACCAGCAUCAGACAAACCAGCAGCUCCUCUCAAGCCAAACAGAGCAGAUUCAGGACCUGACAGGCCUGCUCCACACUGCUGGCACCUCCAAGACUAGCUUCUCCCCAUCAGGACGGGGCCAGCAUGUCGGGAGGGCUGCCCAGUGUAUGAGCCUCUCUGCUGGGCUAAACUGGACAGAAGAGUGUGGAGAAAAAAAAGGAAAGGGAAGAGGAGGAGACGAUGGCCAGCCAGACUGGAACUGGAUGCAACUUGAAAGUCUCGACUCCAGGCUGAUGUGUGUGGUGUGUAAGCGUGACUUCAGGAGCCUGCCAGCAUUAAAUGGUCACAUGCGUUCCCACAGCGGCUUCAGAUUGGCUACAUGCUCGAAAAAGGACUCCUCGCCACCGGUUCAGCGUUCAAACACCAUGGUGAUGCCUGUGUCCAUCCCAGUCAAAUCACGACGUGUGUCGAAGACAUGUAGGAGCAGUCAGACAAGAGGCAGCCACCUCCCUCUGGCCACUGGCAGCACAGCACUCUACCGGAGCCUGAUGCACCCGCAAGAGGGAGAAGAUGUUACUAAAGGCAUUAAAGCUGGUGAAAAUAGAGCUGUUUCUGCAGCUAACAAAGGCGGAGGCCACUACACCCCUCCCCCUAUGCUGUGUCCUCAGAGGGCAGGUUCAGGGCUGUACUGCUCCCUUACCACCAGGAGGCAACAGAGAGUGCAGACUGUUCAGCUCCACAAUGGAAUCAGUGAUCUCGGAGCCGCAGAGACAGCAGUUCCUCCUCCUGGAACACUAACAUCAGGAACCAUUAAGCCGCAGAUCAACUUGGGGCAGGGCUUCCAGGCUGAAAUCCCACCCUUACAGGACAGAAAAUGUGCCCACUUUGACUCCCACAGUGCAGUGCUGCAGUGGACACCUUGGGAUGAUCUGGAGCGUCCUGUCAAUCAACAGAGAGUUGAAGCUCUGCUGAUGAUGGCUCAAUCAAGCGUGGUGCCAAGGGGCGGGGCUAACGCGGAGUACAGCCUCCAAGUUUUAUCAGAGUGCAAAGGAGACUUUCUGUUGACGGUGGAGAAGCUGCUGUCAACUCCUGAAAGCAGCAAACACACAGGUGUGAGCUGGAGUGCAGCAGAGAAGAGGUUGCUGGUGAAAUCUCUGCAGCUCCAUCAGAAAGACUUCAAAAGCAUCCAGAAAGUUGUUCAGACAAAAUCCCUUUCCCAGUGUGUUGAGUUUUAUUAUCUGUGGAAGAAGAAGAUGAGUUUGAACACCAAGACUCAGACCAGCCUGACAGUCACUCUGCCCAGUACAAACGGUCAAAGGUCAUCAAGAUCUCAGGCUGCUUCAUGAACUGCUGGACUGUUGCCCUCUGGAGCUACACACUACUUACCAACACAAGGCUUGAACCAAAACAGUUAAACUGUGACUGGUUUAGUUCCAAGUUUGUUUGUUUUUUUCUCACAAAAUCACAAAGCAUGCACUUAUUUUAAUAAAACUCCACCAGGACAUUAUGCACAUUGUAUCAGUUCUUUCUUCUGUUGUGCUUUUUUGACUGUAUGAUAUGGUGUUU